AUGCCUCAAUGCGAUCAGCUCUCCUCGAAGAGCCACCGUACUAGAGAUAUUGGACCUAUUACCCGAAUCUGCCAAGUUAAUAUAGAACGUAUUAGUCAAGCUAAAUGCGAAGUAGUAAUUAAGAUUUUAUUAGAAAAUGACAUAAACGUACUCCUUUUACAAGAAACUCACGCUAGAGAAGAACAGGAUCCACAUAAACGUGGUGCAAUCCCGGGAUACAACCUUGCUCAUGCAAUUAACCACGCGCAGUAUCGCAUCGCCACUUAUGUUAAAGACGGUAUUAAACAUGUCGCUGCGGAGACUUGCCUUGGGGAUCCGGAUGUAUUUGCUUCUGCAAUAAUGAUCAAUAACCUUACCAUUGUAAACGUUUACAAACCUACGAACUCUUUAUGGACUACCAACCUCCCCGCUUUCCCAUACCCAUGCCUAUAUGCCGGCGACUUCAAUAGUUAUCACACAACCUGGCGAUAUAACAAAAAUGAUGCAAAUGGUAAACACCUCGUGCAAUGGGCGGAGAACAACAACGUACACCUGGUAUUUAAUGCCAAGGAUAGUGGAUCGUUCAGGUCAGCAAGAUGGAAACGGGAUUAUAAUCCAGACCUAACGUUUACUACCUGUGACAUCAAUCGAACUCCAUUACAAACCACACGAAGAAUUCUCUCAGACGUCCCGAACAGUCAGCACCGACCUGUACUUGUGGAGGUUGGUAUUAAGAUUCCUUUAACAAACUCCAUGCCUUUGCCUCGAUGGAACUUGCACAAAGCAGACUGGCCCAAAUUCAGCGCUGACAUGGAUGCUGCUAUCAGAUGGAUACCUCACUGUGCCGAAAACUACAAGAAAUUUACUAAACUUAUCAUAACAACAGCAAAAAAGAGCAUUGCUCGAGGCUACCGCAAGGCGUACAUCCCUUGCUGUUCUGAAGAAAGCGAAAAACUAUUUGACGAGUACACGCGCACGGGUAACCAUGAAAUAGGUGAUGACCUUCUGAAAUCUCGAAAUAGGUGGCUCGAUACCGUGGAGUCAAUGGUUUUUAAGACUUCCAGCAGGAAAGCUUGGAGUAUGCUCAAUGGGUUGGCAGGCAAGACUGGAAAGAAUUCCCGUGGCGAUUGCAAACAGAAUAGUGGAGGUGUCCAGAGUUAA